UGUAAACUACAGGAAGAACACUGUAAACUACAGGAAGAACACUGUGAUCUGACGACAUGUCGCAGCUCAAACACGGAGUGAUUCACCGGGAGCCAGAGGAACAGGUGUUAGUCUCAGGAGACAUGAGACAGGUUCAUUAGACCUUCCUGUCACUUUGACUUCACUGGGCUGACUUGAUAUUUAAUGGCAACAGUUGAGCUCACAAAAUAUGUCUGAGCUCAUUCUUCACAAAGAUGACCAUGGCAAAGAAACUGGUGAUCAUCGACACAGACUGCGGCAUAGACGAUGCUCAGGCCAUCAUCAUGGCCUUGGCAGCACCGAACAUCCAGAUCCUGGGCGUCACCUGCGUGUUUGGAAACGCCGCGGUCGACAAUGUGUGUCAGAAUGUUUUGAGGGUGCUCUCCAUCUGUGAGCGUGAGGAGAUUCCAGUGUUUCGAGGCUCUGGCGUCCCUCUGGUCAGAGACAGUAACUCAAGUACUGACCACUUUGGCACUGAUGGACUUGGAGACGUGAUUGAAGAUAAAGAUCCACAGUGGGAGGAGAAAAUCCAGAAGGAGCCUGCAGCCAAUGCAUUGAUAAGACUGGUGUCUGAAAACCAGAACCAGGUCUCCUUGGUCGCCCUCGGCCCGCUCACUAAUCUGGCACUGGCUGUCAGACUGGAUCCACGCUUUCCCCAAAAGCUCAAAGAUCUGUACAUUAUGGGUGGCAACAAGGAAGGAAUAGGAAAUGUGAAACUGUGUGCAGAGUUCAACUUUGCAAUGGACCCAGAGUCUGCCUAUAUUGUUCUUGAAGAGUUUCUCUGCCCUACAUACAUCGCAACAUGGGAAUAUGCGUGCAGAAACGGACUGACAUGGGACUUCUUUGAGGAGUUGAUCAACCAGGAUGCACCAGCCGCACGCUUCAUGAAGAUGAUAACAUCCAAGUGCUGGGCCUACUCCAAAGAGGGUUUUGUGAACAAGAGAGACGUGUACUUUGGACCGUGCUUCGUCUCGUAUGAUGCCUAUGCGAUGGCCGCCUGCAUUGACGGCAGUGUGGUGACGGAGAGCAUCCAGUGUCCCGUUCGCGUGGAGCUGCAGGGUUCCAUCGCUCGUGGCAUGAUGGCACUAGAUCGCACAAACACGCUGAAGAAGAGUCACAGUGUGUUUGUUAUGACUAGGUGUGAUAUGGCCAAGUUUGGUCAGCUACUAAUGGGGUCUCUUAGGCAACCAUGUAAGAAGUAAUCUUUGGUGCCCUGAUGGAAAAUGGAUAUACUGCUCAUACAAAUUUGACAAAUAAUAGGAACCUCCUUCACCCGAUGGUGUCAUCACCCAUGAGGAUGCUCCCCCUGUAUUAAUACAAAUAUAUAUAUACACUACCGUUCAAAAGUUUGGGGUCACUUAGAAAUUUCCUUAUUUUUCAAAGAAAAGCACUGUUUUUUUCAAUGAAGAUAACAUUAAAUGAAUCAGAAAUAC